GAGAGAGAGAGAGAGAGAGGGAGAGCCGGGCCCCUUUCUUUUCUCGCCUCGCCUCGCCUCUCCUGCGUCUCCGCCUCGCCUCGCCUCGCCUGCGUCUCCGCCACGCCCACCGCAUUCGCAUCUCCGGAUCCCCGUCGCUCACCUCGCCGCCGCUCUCGCUUCUCCGCGUCCUCCUCCUCCCGCCACCGACCCUCACCCGCCUCGAUCUCGCCUCGAUUCCUCGCGCCCCUCCCGCCGAUUCGUCUCGCGCGGCUGGGAUGGCUUGGGGCGGCGGCCGCCGGGGCCUGCGCGGGUGAUCUCUCUCUCUCUCUCUCUCUCUCUCUCUCUCUCUCUCUCUCUCGCGGGGAGCCCUCUCGCGCCCCACCUGGAGGAUCCCGUCGCGGCUGGUGCCCUUUCCUUCGCGCUGUGUCUGUGCGCGCGCUCGAUUCUAGGGUUUGCUCCUUCCUGCUCGGGGGAUUCGAUCUCCUCCCCUCCGAUUGCUCCCUCGCAGUGCGCGUCGCCUGCUCCGCCCACCCGCCAUGUUUUCGCACGGCGCUGAUUCCGCCCACGACGCCGGGGGCGUCGGCGUCAGCAGCGGUGGAGCCACCGUCCCAACGCGCUUCGUUUGGCCAUACGGCGGGAAGAGGGUCUUCUUAUCAGGCUCCUUUACGAGGUGGUCGGAGCAUUUGCCGAUGUCUCCUGUUGAAGGCUGUCCCACCGUAUUUCAAGCUAUCUGCAGCCUGUCUCCUGGGAUUUACGAGUACAAGUUCUUUGUGGACGGGGAGUGGCGGCAUGAUGAGCGGCAACCUACUAUAACAGGAGACUAUGGGGUAGUUAACACUCUAUACUUGACAAGGGACAUUAACCAAAUAAGCACAGUAUUGAGCCCAAGCACACCUGGAAGCAGGAUGAACAUGGACGUGGACAAUGAAAAUUCUCAACGUACGGUUUCAUUGUCGGAUGGUGCCCUUCAGGAAGGUCAUCAGAGAGUUUCAGAGGCUUCUAUACAGAUCUCUAGGUGUCGUGUUUCUGAGUAUCUGAGUUUGCAUACUGGCUAUGAUUUACUUCCGGACUCGGGCAAGGUCAUUGCUCUGGACGUCAAUUUACCCGUGAAGCAAUCUUUUCAUAUUCUGCAUGAACAGGGAGUUCCUGUAGCUCCUCUGUGGGAUUCAUUCAGAGGUCAGUUUGUUGGCCUUCUGAGUCCAUUGGAUUUCAUACUUAUAUUGAGAGAGCUAGAAACUCAUGGUUCGAACUUGACAGAGGAGCAGCUUGAAACACACACUAUAUCUGCGUGGAAAGAGGCCAAGCGACAAACUUAUGGAAGAAAUGAUGGUCAGUGGCAUCCACAUCAGCAUCUAGUGCAUGUCACCCCUUACGAGUCCUUGAGGGACAUUGCUCUAAAGAUAUUGCAAAACGGCAUUUCGACAGUUCCAGUUAUUUAUUCACCAUCUUCAGAUGGAUCGUGUCCUCAGCUGUUGCAUCUUGCAUCCCUUUCUGGAAUUUUGAAAUGUAUUUGCAGAUAUUUUAAAAACUCUACUGGUAAUUUGCCUAUUCUAAACCAACCAGUGUGUACAAUUCCGCUGGGUUCCUGGGUUCCAAAAAUUGGUGAUCCGAAUGGCCGUCCGUUGGCUAUGUUGCGACCUAAUGCAUCACUUAGCUCUGCCCUAAACAUGUUGGUACAAGCUGGAGUUAGCUCAAUACCGAUUGUGGAUGAAGAUGAUUCACUGCUUGACACAUAUUCCAGAAGUGACAUAACAGCUCUAGCAAAAGACAAGGUCUACACACAUGUUCGCCUGGAUGAGAUGACCAUUCAUCAGGCAUUGCAGCUUGGACAAGAUGCAAGUACACCUUUUGGAUUUUUUAACGGGCAGAGAUGCCAGAUGUGCCUCCGGUCUGAUCCUUUGCUGAAAGUGAUGGAGCGAUUGGCUAAUCCUGGGGUGCGGCGAGUCUUCAUUGUGGAAGCUGGUAGCAAACGUGUGGAAGGCAUAAUAUCACUGAGUGAUAUUUUCAAGUUCUUGCUGAGCUUGUGAGAAUGCCAAGUGGUCAUCAUGAUCUCUAUUUUGUUGUGACAAGUGCCAGAGUUAACAGUAGCAAACAGGUGUCAAGCCGCCAUGGAUCUCUCUGGCUUUUGGGUAAGACAGGAUUGGUGGCUGUCUUUGCAGAUAAUGGCCAUUCAGGGUCUGUAAAGUUCCUUUUUUCUUUCUGUCCCUCUGUUACCCAAAUAUGCGGUGAUUUUUAUUUAUUGGAUUGUUUUC